UCAAAUUUCCCAGAUAAAGCUACAUUUGUUGGAAGACCUUUCCACAAAGAAUACAUAGAGGAUGUCAAACUUCCUGGAACAGUAUGACAUGGAUUUUUAUCAAUCUAAUUACACCAUUGAUAACCAGGAACAGAACUAUAAUGAUUCUAAUGCUUACAGAAAUUAUUAUGGAUCCAGAGAACCUCAGGCCACUGAGCAGAGUCAGCCUGCAGCUCUUGUUUCUCCAGAGAUGCCCCUGCCAUCAGGUUACACAGGACAGUUUUUUCAGCCAACGUCAAGCUUGGAUUAUUAUUCCCAAUCUCCUCACAUUGAGAGUUUGGAUGAAGAGCCUCCUUUGCUAGAAGAACUUGGAAUUAAUUUUGAUCACAUAUGGCAAAAAACCUUGACCGUGUUAAACCCAAUGAAGCCAGCAGAUGGCAGCAUCAUGAAUGAAACGGACUUCACAGGACCCAUCCUGUUCUGUGUGGCUCUGGGAGCCACUCUGCUUCUGGCAGGAAAAGUUCAGUUUGGUUAUGUAUAUGGCAUGAGUGCCAUUGGCUGUCUUGGGAUUCAUGCCUUACUGAACUUGAUGAGCUCUGCAGGGGUGUCGUAUGGCUGCGUGGCCAGUGUGCUGGGCUACUGCUUGCUCCCCAUGGUCAUCUUGUCCAUCUGUGCAAUCUUCUUUUCAUUCCAGGGCAUCUUUGGAACUGUGUCAGCACUGUUUAUCAUUGCGUGGUGCAGUCUCUCGGCUUCCAAGAUCUUCAGUUCAGCCUUGGACAUGGAAGGACAACAGCUUCUUGUUGCCUACCCUUGUGCCUUAUUUUAUGGACUUUUUGCCCUCCUGACAGUUUUCUAAAGAGUUCUUGGCAUGAAUUUGCAAGACUUUAUUUGUUUGCUGUUUACAUUUUUUGGGAAGAAGUGCAUUAGCAUUCAAAUUAUUGAUAUGAUUUCUGUUUUAUUGCUGUUGGGAGAACAGCAAACAGAAAGCAAGAACAGCACUUGAGGAUAUGCUUUAACAGCUUACUUUGUGUGAGCGAUGUUUGCAGUGUUCAGCUUGGGGCAUUAAAACACUUAGAAAUAUUUUGAAAUAUAAAGGGACAUAGUUUCUGUACUGAUGAAUGCUGCCUGUUCUCAACAGAUAUGUUUCUGAGAAAUUACAAGUGAAUAAAAUCCUAUGCUUAACACAACUU